AUGGGUGCAAAGCAGAGCCUCGUCGGCACAGACCUAGCGCAGAGCCUAUUCGUCGCAGUGGACGGACGAGGUCUUCGUCGGGGAGUCCCAGGUGCUUUCGUGGUGAAUCCGAACGAAACGGUUCUGGACACGGUGGAGAAAGAGAUGCAGAAGGGGGCCAACAUGGAAGAAGCCGCUGCAAAGGCGACUGAAACGAUUGAGCUUCAUGAGCAUCAACCUCCAAACCAGCAUGAGUUCGUGGUGCCCAAGAUGGCCGAGUCUGUGAAGCAGACUGAUGCCGAGAUCCCCCACGAGAGCAGCGCUCCCCCGCAUGAGAAUCUGGAGGAGGACUAUGCGUAUGAUUAUGAUGCUGAGGACAUGGAUAGGCCACCAGACGUGCCAUUGAUGGACGAGGAUUUAAAAUUGGCCGACAUCCGAUUCGACAGCAAGGUCGAUCCUCAGCUGAAUCGAAUUGCAGAGCAAGUGAACCAAAAAAUCGACAUGGUGGAAGAACGACUCCUAGGUGACCGCCUGCAGAAUGUGGUGGUCCCGUUGCCAGCCACUGAUGCUUCACGUAACGCGAGCUCGGUGCAGGUCUUUCUGGGGAAUCAAACCGAUGCCGGGACACCGCUGGACCAAGUGAACGAACUGCUCCAGAAGGCCAACAACAUUGAGAAGGGCCUUGUGGCGACGUCCAAUUUGCAGCUGAAAUGGAUACCAAAGAUGCACACCCAACCUCCAAUCCAACCUCCAGUGCAACCUUCAUUGCAUCCUUUGCCUCCGUUCGCCAACCUAAAAUCAUCCAGUCUUCAACUACAAUCGCAGCUUUCAGAGUGCUGGAGUCGGAGUGGGAGAGGCCUUCAGGAAGCUGGGCGGUUCCUUUGA